AUGCUUUAAAAGAAUGAUCAAAAAAUUAUAAAACUAAAAAUUUUAAAUUACUCUUAUGAUUUAAGUCACAUUAUAUAAGUCUCUGAUUAUUAGUUAGAAUUUUUGAAAAUCAAUUUCUCAAAGAUAAAAUUGAUUCUAUUUUAAAAAGAAAAGUAAAAUUGA